AUGAUCACACUGGGGGUAAACACAGACAUUUCCAGCUUGAGGAAGGCAGAUCCGAAAGGUCGGAGUGCGCUGUUGGCUGAUAUCCAGCAGGGAACUCGACUGCGCAAAGUCACACAGAUCAAUGAUCGAAGUGCCCCGCAAAUCGAGAAUUCUAAAGGAGGCAGCAAAGAAGGUGGAGGCUCUGCCAACUCCAGAGGUGGGAGCACACCCCCAGCCCUGGGAGAUCUGUUUGCUGGGGGCUUCCCUGUGCUACGACCAGCGGGCCAGAGAGAUGCAGCAGGUGGCAAGGCUGGGCUGGGCCCUGGCUCCCGAGCCCCUUCCCCCAGGCUGCCUAUGAAAAACAUUAGUGGUCCGCUGAAUCCCCCUGCCUCUCCCCGCCUGGGAAAUGCCCCUGAGGCGCAUGGCACUGGCCGGACAGCCCCUCCUCGCCCCAAUGUGCCUGCACCACCUCCUCCCACCCCACCUCCACCUCCUCCACCUUUACCCCCACCACUACCUCCUUCCUCCCCCACCAAAGCACCACUGGUUUCCCCAUCUGGCCCACCUAACAAAGGAAACCCCUUAACCAGUGCACCCCCUCUUCCCACCAUGGCACCUCCACCCCCACCCCCUCCCCCCCCCCCACUUCCUCCUACCCCGCCCCCACCACCCCAAACCACAGUUCCCAAUGACAAAGCAGCAAAGCCUCAGCUCGCCCCCUUGCACCUCCCACCCAUCCCACCUCCUCUCCCUCUCCUACCCCCUUGUGGAUAUCCUGGGUCCAGUGCAGACACUGCAAGCCCCACCCAGGAUGUGCGGGAGUCCCCAGCCCCUCCGGCUCCUCCACCCCCACCUCCUCUGCCGUCCCCUCUGUCCAUUUAUGCCUCAUGCUCCCCUAGGUCUUCUACACCUGCACCCCCUGUGCCAGGGACUAGUAACAGCAGUGAAGUCCCACCCCUUCUACCUCCCAAAUCCCCCAGCUUCCAGCCCCAGCCCCCAAAGCCCAGUGUGCAAGGCUUGCCCACACCACCCGCCCCACCAGGACCCCAGUUUCUACAGAAGAAGAGGCAUGGCCGAGGCCCAGGUACCGGUGGGGGGAAGUUAAAUCCACCCCCAGCUCCCCCUGCAAGAUCACCCACCACGGAACUUUCAAGCAGGAGCCAGCAAACGCCAGCCUGGACCCAGAGCCAGCAGCCAGGAGGUCCCCUGAGAAAUGGAAGCCUGCCCAUCAUGGAUGACUUUGAGUCUAAAUUCACGUUCCAUUCUGAGGAAGACUUUCCUCCUCCGGAUGAAUAUAAACCAUGCCAGAAGAUUUACCCCAGCAAGAUCCCCAGAAGCCGUACACCUGGUCCCUGGCUCCAGGCCGAGGCAGUUGGGCAGAGCUCCGAUGACAUCAAAGGCAGAAAUUCUCAGUGCUAA